UGCGAGCAGGUGGAAUCGCUGUACCCUCGUCCUGGCUGGGUGGAGUUAGAGCCUGAGCUGCUGUGGAGUCAGUUUGUUGCUGUGGUAAAAGAGGCUGUGCAAGCUGCGGGACUUCACAUGAGGCAAAUUGCUGGUCUAGGCAUCUCGACGCAGAGAGGAACUUUCAUUACAUGGCACAAGAGGACAGGGAAACCUUUUCAUAAUUUCAUAAGUUGGCAAGACUUAAGAAGUGCUGAACUUGUGAAUUCCUGGAAUAAGUCACUUCUGCUGAAGGUAAUCCAUGUUAUUUUUACGGUACUUCAUUUCUUGACUGGGAAUGAUCGCUAUUUGGCACCAAGUUUUCUUACUUUUUCAACACAACAAACUUCUAUGAAGUUGUCGUGGGUCUUCAAAAACAUGUAUGAGGCUGAAGAAGCUGCCAAAAAAAAUUACUGCUGCUUUGGAACAGUUGACACAUGGUUACUGUAUAGAUUAACUAAAGGUUCUGUGUACGCUACAGAUUACUCAAAUGCCAGUGCUACAGGUGUUUUUGAACCCUUUACGAAAUGUUGGAACCCCACUUUGUGUAAUUUACUUUCCAUUCCAAUGUCAAUUUAUCCUCCAGUGAAGGACACAAGCUUCAACUUCGGAUCAGCUGACUCUGAAAUAUUUGGGGUACCUAUUCCAAUAAUGGCAGUGGUAGCUGACCAGCAGUCAGCCAUGUUUGGAGAAUGCUGCUUUGACCCAGGAGAUGUUAAACUGACAAUGGGAACAGGUGGUUUCUGGGAUGUGAAUACUGGAGAGCAUCUCUUUGCAUCACGGAGAGGUCUGUAUCCACUGAUUGGUUGGAAGAUUGGGGAAGAAGUUGUUUACUUAACUGAAGGCUGUAUGUCAGACAUUGGCACUGCCAUAAAAUGGGCUCAGGAUAUAAAUCUUUUCACCAAUGUAGAUGAAACAGAAAAAAUGGCACGGAGUAUUGUUGAUUCUCAAGGCGUUUGUUUUGUUCCGGGUUUUCAGGUUUCUGUGAAUGACCCAUAUUUAUGUGCCUCUUUCAUGGGGCUGAAGCCUUCCACUACCAGAAACCAUCUUGUACGAGCUAUUUUGGAAUCUGUAGCUUUCAGAAACAAACGGCUUUAUGAUAUCAUUGUGAAGAAGGUACGCAUUCCUCUUCAAACUGUUCGAGCUGAUGGAGGUGUCAGUAAUAAUAGUUUUGUCAUGCAGAUGACUUCAGAUUUAAUUAAUAAGAAAAUAGAAAAACCUGCAAGCGCAGACAUGUCUAGUCUUGGUGCAGCUUUUCUAGCAGGCCUUGCUUCAGGAUUUUGGACUGACAAAGAACAACUAAAGAAGCUAAGGCAAAUAGAAGCCGUUUUUGAGCCCCAGAAGGACUCGGAGGAAUACAGACCUGCUAUGGAUACCUGGCUACAGGCAAUGAAACACUCCCUGCACUGGUAGAAUUUGGCAUUU